AUGAUUGAUAGUCUUUUCGUUCUAAACGCAACAGGAAAAAUUAUUAUAGAAAAACAUUGGCGUGGUUUAAUUAACCGUCAACUAGUAGAUUAUUUCAAUGACCAAUUUUCCAAACAAUCUUCUCCGGAGGAUCUUUUACCAAUUAUUCCAACACCAAAAUACCAAUUAGUGCAUGUAUAUCGAUCUGGGUUAACUUUUUUGAGUCCCGUAUCUAAUGAAGUUGAUGCGUUAUUAGUCCUUGAAUUUCUUCACCGGAUUGUUGACAUUCUUGCGGAAUAUUUUGGUGAAUUAGCUGAAUUAUCUAUUAGAGAUAAUUUCGAUAUCGUGUACCAGCUUUUAGAAGAAAUGAUGGACUAUGGAUAUCCUUUGACAACAGAACCAAAUGCUUUGAAAGACAUGAUUGUACCACCGAAUAUUAUUAAUAAAGUUAUAAGUCAAGUUGCAGGUGUCACGAGUGUAGUCCAGCAUGUACCUAAUGGUAGCACUAUAUCAAGUAUCCCAUGGCGUAAAGCUGGCGUUAAAUAUACCAAUAAUGAAAUAUAUUUCGAUGUUGUAGAGGAGAUAGACGCGAUCGUUGAUAGUAAUGGUGCUAUAGUAUCCUCAGAAAUACAUGGGUUGAUACAAGCCAACUGUCGUUUGUCAGGGAUGCCUGAUCUCACUUUAAAUUUCGUUAAUCCACGUGUACUUGACGAUUACAGCUUUCAUCCUUGUGUGAGAUACAACAAAUUUGAAAAUGAACGUGUUCUUUCGUUUGUACCUCCCGAUGGUCAUUUUAAGUUGAUGAGUUACAGGGUGAAUUUUCCGCAUCAUCAAUCUUUACCAUUAUAUGUUAAACCUCAAGUUCACAUAGGAAAUGGCGGUGGGAAAUUUGAUAUUUCAAUAAACAUAAGGAACACAGAUGGGAGGCCAGUUGAAAAUGUGUUGCUCGUGUUUCCUCUUGCCAAAUCAGUGUCUAAUGUUAAUGCUACAUGUAACCUUGGUUCUUACAUAUUCGACCCUGUUACAAAGAGUAUACGAUGGAAUCUAGGAAAAAUCGAACUAAAAGAUAGGACACCAAUGUUAUCGGGUAAUUUUAGCAGCACUGAACAAACACCAGAGUCAGGCCACACGAUUACAAUUGACUUUUUGAUCAACAUGCAUGCCAUUUCGGGGCUCAAGGUGGAUAGUUUGAAAAUUUAUAAUGAGGCAUAUAAGCCUUAUAAGGGUGUACGAAGUAUGACAAAAGCAGGAAAAUUUCAAAUUCGUACAUGA